AUGCCGACCCAGCGCACCCGCGCGGUCUUUGAGCCGUUUCCUCCAAACCUGGACAUUGGCGACCUUGUUGAUUCGACCCCUAAAUUCAACUUCGCGUGGAGAAUCACUUGUGAUUCGAUCGAUGAAAACCCUCGGGAAGAUUUUGAGCAAUUGGUUUUGUUCCAUGUGAUUUUGUCCGGACGUCCUCUCGUCAUCGAAGGAUUCCAAAAGCGGUUGGACAAGUUCCUGUUCUCGGAGAAAUGGCUGAGACAGAAUUGCGCCGGGAAGAAGGAGAAUGCGCGAGACUUGGUCAAGGGCACUAACCUGCUGCUCACCAUCGGGCAUUACUUGAAAAACCUGCCUCUCUUGACUGAACAAUGGACCCCAUACAACUACACGGAUCGAGAUCGCCAAAGAUUGUAUCUGAAAGAUAUCGAUUGCCCCCCUGAGUGGUGCAAUUCUCUUGGGAAAUUGAUUCCUCCCUGUCUGUUUUACUUGAAUGAGUUCCCGAAGCCUUUCGAUGGCCCCGGUUCCCAGCUGUCCGACUCAUCCCCACCUCCCAACUCCGCACAAGGCGUGCCUAUCGCCCGGGCGGGCGAUUUGAUGAGCUGUCUCCCUGAAAGAAUGCGUGCAGAAAAUCUGAUGUGCUAUGUUGGACACGAAGGGACCUACACGCCGGCACACCAAGAGAUGUGUGCUAGUCUCGGCCAAAACAUCAUGGUCGAAGCAUCGGAUGGAUCUGUUGAACAUGGGAAGCAGACAAGACCGGGUUCCUCAAUUUGGUUCAUGACUGAGACCAAAGACCGCCAUGCCGUGGCGGAGUAUUGGAUGUCUUUUCUUGGACAUGAUAUUGACAUCGAAGAUCACUUCGCCCAAUUGAACGCAUGGACAAACGCUCCGUUCAAGACAUUCGUUGUUGAGCAGAGGCCCGGCGACUUGGUUCUCAUUCCUCCCUUGGCUGCCCAUCAGGUGUGGAACCGCGGUACCAGGACAAUGAAAGUGGCCUGGAACCGCACGACUGUUGACACCCUGGAGAUGGCAUUGUGUGAAGCGCUACCCCAUGCGCGGAUGGUCUGUCGCGAUGAACAAUACAAGAACAAGGCCAUCGUUUACUACACACUCGAAAAAUAUUCCAACCUAUUGUGGCGGGCGCACAAGGAGGAGAAGAAGGAGCACCCGGAAGUCAAGCAACUGUUGCAGGAUUUCAAACGACUCUUCAUGUUGUACACGGAAGUUUUGCUUUCAGAAACUUUCCCGCCGAGGAAGCUCGUGGAAAAGGAGGUCGAGUAUGUUGAAUUCGAGGGCAAUGUCACUUGUUCUUACUGUCGGUGCAACAUUUUUAACCGAUUUCUUACCUGCCCCUGGUGUGUGGAAACGUUCAAUGUUGAUGGCGAAGAAAUAUCCGACACCUACGACAUUUGCAUGGAUUGCUUUGUGAUGGGUAGAAGUUGCCGUUGCGUUUCCAGGCUCAAAUGGGCCGAGCAAUUCCGGUGGAAGGAGAUCCUCGGGCGAUAUGAACAUUGGCGACAGCUUAUUCUUACUCUUGACGAAGGAAGUCAAGACGAAAAACAGCAACAAAAGCUCAAGACCCAGUUUCCGGCGUUCACCAUCGCACGAGGCCAAAUGGGCCGGAAGUCUCUGGCUGAAAUCUGCCAGGAGGAAUUGAUCCGACGGCCGUGGAUUGAUAUCAAAAAACCCAAUCCGGCUGCUGCCAAGAAGCUGGAGGCAUCAAGCGACUCCGAGGACAAUGGUCAGUCUCGCAAACGGAGGAAAGUGCGACAUCGAGCCAAGGCUCACGCCGAGGAGACUGGCCGUUGUCAUGUUUGCAGAGAACCUGAAGCCUCUUGGAAACGGGCUUCGUGCUCACGCUCGACCUGCGAAGAACAGUACUGUUAUAGCUGUCUGUUCCGUGCUUUCGAUAUAUCACCCCGGGAUGUGAUGGAAAAGCAUCACUGGUGGUGCCCAAAAUGUCAGAAGAUUUGCAGCUGCAAUAACUGUCGACGAGAUCCGACCAUGAGCCCACAUGAACCUCGCGGCACUCUCUUGGGGCAUGACACCAGAAAGAUUGCCGAUCCCCGUAGCGUCGAGUCUCUGGUGAAUUUGCGUCUCACCAAUUUCCGCUGGCUCAACCAGUUUGGGAGUGACAACGCAAGCCGGGUUGAAAAACGCCUGAAAGAAGCGGAGGAAAAACGUACGCAAGCAUUGCGUGUUUAUGAGAUCGACCUGGAAUCAAGCCCCCUUCCGAUGAAUACACACACAGGCGACUUCUUGGCAAAUUACGAGGCUGAAAUUCCGGUUGACCCGGGCCUGGAACUGGACAAUACUCUUCGCAUGCUUGUAUGA